UUUCAUCUUCUUUGAGUCGGUGUGCCAAGUCAUCUGCCAGCAAAUAUUUUCUUCUUGUUGUGAUUUCAUUUUUUUGUUUUUCUAUUUAUUUCUUAAUUUCUUUUUAUUUCUAUUCGCAAUUAAUUGAGAAAUUGUGUUCAAAUGGGUUUUCCAUUAUGGUGUCGUCUUGGUGUUACUUUAUUAAUCGGUUUCACUCUCUUGUUAACUGUGGGUCUUUGUUAUGGUCACAAUCAUGACCAUUCUCAUGAUGAUGAUUCUCACCACCAUCAUGAUGAAAAUCCAUCAUUCAAGUAUUCCCGUGAAGCCAAUGAAGCCUUUCAAUCUGAUCAUGGACACGAUGAUUCAUCUCACCAUCAUCAUCAUCAUGGUGAACAUGAUGACCAUCACCAUGAUGAUCACCACAGUCACGAUGGUGAAAGUGGUAAACACCAAGACGCACCUUCAGCAGCGGUUAUCAAAAGAGAUCCAUCUGAGGUUUGGCUCAGCGCUUUGGGAUCAACGGUGUUCAUUUCUCUGGUUCCAUUUGUGAUUCUCUGGUUCAUACCCUUAGAUAAUUCAGCUGAAUAUCAACCCUUUCUCAAAAUCUUACUGAGCUUUGCUUCCGGUGGUCUUCUUGGUGAUGCUUUUCUCCAUCUUAUUCCUCACGCUUUGAUCGCUCAACAGGCUAAAGAAUCAGUUGACCAUCAUGAACAUUCACACCAUGGACAUGGACAUUCACAUGGAGGUGAUGGGGAACAUCAUAGUCAUGACAUGUCAGUCGGAUUAUGGGUUCUCGCUGGUGUUUUGGCUUUUCUAGUUGUCGAGAAAUUUGUCAGAAUCUGUAAGGGUCCAGGUCAUGGUCAUUCGCAUGGUCCACCAAAGACUAAAAAAGAAACCAAAGGAUCAGAUAAAAAGAAAGACAAAUCAAAAGAAAAUGAAGAGACCAAGAAACAAGAAGGCGAUCACCAAGGUGAGCUGGAUGAGGAGAAAAAGGAAACCGCUGAGAAGAAGCCCUCUAGGACUUCAUUAAAAGCAAGUCCUAAAUCGACUAAGGAUAAAGAGACCGAAGACACAUCGAAAUGUCCUGACAGUCCGAGUGGAAAAAGGGUCAGGUUCACUGGUGUCGAUAAAAUCGUUCCUCUUCCUUCCGAACCUGUUGAACAAAUUAAAGUCGCUGGUUACCUGAAUCUGGCCGCUGAUUUCGCUCACAAUUUAACGGAUGGACUGGCAAUCGGUGCUUCUUUCAUCACUGGUCAAGGAAUAGGAUUGAUGACAACAUUAACCAUUCUUUUCCAUGAGAUUCCCCAUGAAAUUGGCGAUUUCGCCAUUUUAGUCCAAUCAGGUUGUUCUCGGAAAAAAGCCAUGUUCUUGCAAUUGAUCACCGCUGUCGGAGCCGUGACGGGAACUCUAAUCUCAUUGGUAGCCGAUGGAAUGUCGGAAACAGCGUCACCAUGGAUUUUACCUUUUACCGCCGGUGGUUUCAUCUACAUUGCCUGCGUCUCAGUGAUACCGGAACUAUUAGAGGAAACGAACUUGAAACAAUCAAUCUUGGAAAUUAUCGCCGCUGCCACGGGAGUUUUGAUUAUGGUCUUUAUCGCACAAUUUGAAUGAUGAUUAAAACGAAAUUAACUUUAAGCAUAUGUAAAUUUAGAGAGAGAGAAAACUUGAAAAAUUAGAAAGAGAAAGAAGAGAAAGAGAACGGGAAAUGCGAUUGAAAAUUUCUCUUUCUUUUUCAAUAGAGACCAAUUUUCUUUUCUCUUUCUCUUGAAAAAUUUCACUUACUUUUUCACUUUCUUUUCUCUUUCUUUUUACCAGAAAAAUUAUUAAACUUUCAUCAACUAUUUUUUUGUUA